UCAUUCAUUUUCAUGAACAGCCUAUGUUCAUGGGCUGACAUAUCAUCAUACAACACUACGCAUCGUCUGGCUCCGUCCGGCUCUGACUCACCGCAGUCAUUUGGUGCAACGCGCCACCUGGCGGAGACGUGGGAGAAUCUUGGAGGUCGGAAUCGCCGUAAAGUGUUAAAGUUCCGAGCGGCUGUAAACGCAACCUUUCGCCCUGCGCUUUGACCCGGAACAACAACAGUUGAAACAGUAACCUGAAGUAUUUCACUUCAUUAUACUCGGUGUGCUCCGCAGUGUGUGUUGAUACUUUUAUGCCCUCGGCUGUGUGUGUUACUUUUGGACAAGAGUCUUGGACCAAGUCCGUGUUUCUUCAUGGGUUCACGACUAAGAGCUUACAUGAGGGAUGAUGGACCGUUGAUUCUGGACGGUGGACUAUCGACUGAACUGGAAGCGCAAGGAGCUCAUUUACAGGGAGAUCCACUGUGGAGCGCCAGACUUUUGCACACUAAUCCCCAGGCCAUAGGAGAUGCUCACUACAGCUUCCUCCUCAGUGGCGCUGAUGUCAUCACCACAGCCACAUACCAGGCGAGUGUCACAGGAUUCGUCACUCACAUGGACGUGAGCGCCGAACGCGCCAGAGAGCUGUUGUCGUCCGGAGUUCAGCUGGCCCAAGAGUCGGUGAAGAGAUUUGUUUCUGACACUCAUCCGACAGAGCAGAGACGUCCCUUGGUGGCAGGCUCUGUUGGCCCAUAUGGGGCGUUUCUGCACGACGGCUCAGAGUACACUGGGGCUUAUGCAGAGGAGAUGAGUAUUGAGGAGCUCAAAGUUUGGCAUCGGUCGCAGAUUGAUUGCUUGGCGGCGGCGGGAGCCGAUCUCAUUGCUAUUGAGACAAUCCCAAGUGUCAAAGAGGCCGAGGCUCUGGUGGAGCUGCUGAGAGAGUUCCCAAACUCUAAAGCCUGGCUCUCCUUCUCCUGUAAGGACGGGCGAUGCAUAUCGGACGGCAGCCUGUUCGCGGAUGCGGUGCAGAUUGCCAACAGAUCCACGCAACUGGUCGCCGUAGGAGUCAACUGCUGUUCUCCGGCCUUCGUGGAGCCACUGCUGGACUCUGCACGGUCGCUGCUGAGCCCGGACAUGAGCUGGGUGGUGUACCCGAACAGUGGAGAGGAGUGGGACGCUGAGCAGGGGUGGCUGACCGCAGGUAAAAGAUCUGCAUCAGUACCUGAACUCAGUCACACCUGGGCAAAGCAAGGUGCCUCUUUGAUUGGUGGCUGCUGCCGUAUCGGCCCCGCUCACGUUACAGAGUUACGACAACAGUUAAAAGGAAGUGGAACCUCUGCAGCCUCCGCAGUGUGACUGUAGCACAACUGUAAAUGACGGCUGUUUGAAAGAGAGACGCUGUUCUUAGGAGUUCAUAAAAAAAUCUUAAUUUAUUGUUAAAUAAAAUAAAAUAAAACCACUACAUCUAAACCAUGUGGGUGCACAAUGACUGACAAAUGGCGAAGGAGACAUGUAUGUACAUAAACAUGAAAAAUAAAACCAGGCAGUCUUCACCUUC